ACCCAGCCCCACCUCCUCCGAAUCGGCAUUUCGGCAUCCUUUUCUGUGGAUCGCAGAGCGGCAGGUAAAAGUCUGGCUGGCACCUGCACACACAACACCCCCCCUCACACACACGCACCCCUGCACGCUGGACGCACCUCUGCCCGGGAGAGACACUGCCCACACUCCUGCGCGCCGCAUCUUCCUCCUCAGGGACGAGCUGAGCCGGGAGCAUCCCCGUGCUCGCCUCAGGGCUGCUCUGCCUCUCCGCGCUGCCUCUGCCUGCAGCAGCAGAGCUCGGGCACGGAGGAGCUCGGUGGGACCCCGCUGCCCCGGGGGACGGAGCUCUGCAGGUCGCCAAGGCCAGCUGGGGGGCAGAGAGCCAAGCAUCGGGGUCCAGAGCAUCCCCAGCACCCGGAGUAUCCUGGCAUCCAGAGCAUCCCUGUCAUCUGGAGCAUCUUGUGGCCCAGAGUAUCCCGAGGUCCAGAGCAUCCCACCACCCGGAGCAUCCUGGGAUCUGGAGCAUUCCUGUCAUCUGGAGCAUCCUGAGGUCCACAGCAUCAGCACUCAGAGUAUUCUGAGGUUCAGAGCAUCCCAGCACCCGGAGUAUCCUGGCAUCCAGAGCAUUCCUGUCAACUGGAGCAUCCCAGCACUCAGAGUACUCUGAGGUCCAGAGCAUCCCACCGUCUGGAGCAUCCCGGGGUUGAGCUAAUUCCCUGGUCCAGCACAUCCAGAGCAUCCUGCCAUCCAGAGCAUCCCUGGCAUCUCGGCCAUCCCGGCAUCCAGAGCAUCCCAAGCCUCCCCUGUGUCCAGAGCAUCCCCAGCAUCCCGAAGCAGUGUCCAGGGACAUCCCAGCUCGGGGGGGAUUUGCAGGGACAAGGAAAUGUGAGUAACGGGGAGGGGGACUUUGCUACUGCUGAUCGGCUCCCGGGAAUGUCACUCUGCCCUGACUGCCAGUGAAGAGAGAGAGUGGGGAAGAGAGGGAGAGGAGGGGGAGAGGAGGAAGGAGGACGGACACAGAGCGGAGACAGAGAGAUGGUCCAUCCCCUGGAGCUGGCUCCGGCGAUGAUCACCUAGCACAGGUCACGGCCGGAGAAGGUCCCCCCAGCUCCAGAGCCAGCCCUGCCGCCCGGCUCCUCAUGGAGGGCGAUUUGGGGGCCCCCAACGCCAGCGUGCUGGGGGAGCGCUCGCUGCUGGUGGGGAGCAGCUGGGUGGCCGCUUUCCUCUGCUUCAUCAUCCUGCUGACCACCGUGGGUAACUUCCUCCUCAUCCUCCUCAUCGUCACGCAGCGCUCCCUCCGCAACACCUCCAACUACUUCCUGGUGUCCCUCUUCAUGUCCGACCUGAUGGUGGGGCUGGUGGUCAUGCCCCCGGCCAUGCUCAACCAGCUCUACGGCCGCUGGGUGCUGCAGGGCGACUUCUGCUCCCUCUGGUACUCCUUUGACGUCAUGUGCUGCAGCGCCUCCAUCCUCAACCUCUGCGUCAUCAGCUUGGACCGCUACCUGCUCAUCAUCUCCCCCCUCAAAUACAAGCUGCGCAUGACCUCCUGCAGGGCCCUCUGGCUCAUCCUGGCCACCUGGACCUUGGCUGCGCUGGCCUCCUUCCUGCCCAUCAAGAUGGGCUGGCACGAGCUGGAGUUUGAGGUCCGGUCCCCAAACGUCACCUCCCGGGGGGACGAGGACCAGUGCCGGCUGCUGGUCAGCUUGCCCUACGCCUUGGUGGCCUCCUGCCUGACUUUCUUCCUCCCGUCGGCCGCCAUCUCCUUCACCUACUGCCGCAUCCUCCUGGCAGCCCGCAAGCAAGCGGUGCAGGUGGCUUCCCUCGCCUCCAACGUGGCCGCCACCACCGACGAGACCACGCCGCAGGUUCCCCACACCCCGAGCCAGCCCGCGGCCGGCAGCGAGAGCAGGAGAUUCGCCAACAAGCACAGCAAGAAGGCGCUGAAGGCCAGCCUGACGCUGGGCAUCCUCCUGGGCAUGUUCUUCGUGGCCUGGCUCCCCUUCUUCGUCACCAACGUGACGCAGGCAGUCUGCGGCUGUGUCCCUGCCGGCUUCUUCGAUGUGCUCACCUGGCUCGGGUACUGCAACAGCACCAUGAACCCCAUCAUCUACCCGCUCUUCAUGAGGGACUUCAAGAGGGCCAUGGGCAAAUACCUGCCCUGCUGCCGGCGCUCGGGGGAGCCCCGUCCCAGCGCCAUCUCCCUCUCCAUGAGGAACUCCAACAGCGGACCCCGCGCCGCCACGUCCCUCAAGAACGUCCUCACCUUGCAGGCGGAGACCGACUCGGUUGACUCCGGGGCGCUGGGGAAUGAACACAACCCGCUGCCGGCCGGCGACGGCCCCCGGCCUCUCCUGGCCCCCGGCACCCGCUUGGUCAACCUUUUUGACGUGGAGCCCCCGGACGCGGAGCUGCAGCCCAAGCGGCUCGGCACCCCCGUGGCCUGAGCGAGGGCGUCCCCACGGGGGGUUACAGACCUCUGCGUGCUGGGAAGGAGCCCCCAGCCCCGCGCAAACUCUCCCGAGGGCCGAUUUGCCACAAGACGUCUCCCUGCCCACGCAGAGCUCCUCCAUACCCUCUUCAAACGCAAUCUCCUUGGAGAAGACGUCGUCACCGAGCACUUCUGCGGGUAGGUUUCAAUAGUGCAAAACCACGUUUUACUGCUGAAUUAAUCUGCCUUGUUUCUCUCUCUUUCCAUCCCUCCUUUGCUCACCGUCACCAAUCCCUCACCCUUCUCCAAGAGCCGUGGCCUUUUCAUCUCCGGUUAUCCUGAACCUCAGACUCUAGAUCCUUCGUCUCCCCGAAUCCAACGCAAGGCUUGGUUUUCAGCGUCCGCUCACCCGGCUCAGCAGAUCCCCUCUGUCUCACCAAGCGCACCCCGAGGACCGGUGGAAACCACAUCCUGUGACUCACGGACAAGAGGUUUUGGGGCUGCUCCAGUCCACGGAACAUCCCGUCUUCUUGGGAGUUUAAUCUCCUCGCCUGAUUUGGAGCGGAUCCUUCUCAGUUUCCUGCGAAAGCAGCCAGUUGCAACACAGCGAAACCGUCGUGUUUAACGAGGAACAGCCUGCACUACGGGGGGAUUAAAUUUGAUGCAAAAUGUUCAAUGCUGCUUUUUGGAUAUUCGGCAAGGGUGUGGGCGUUGGACUUGUUUGUGGCUCUGUGGGUACCCUGACAGUAGUAACGGAAUCAGCUUCCCUUUAGAUUUCAUCCUACAGCUUCCUAUUUUUGGCAUAUAACCAUCACACUUUGCUCUUACAAACCAUCAAUUUUUAGAUGAUGCAAUUAGAAAAGAUACUUUUUUUUCUGCCGUCAAAUAAGAAUCUCACCAAAUAUUGUCUUUUAAGCGACGAUGCCAGCCCCCUCUCCAACUCUCCUCACAGCCCGACGCAGAGAGAACAGUGAGUAAUAUGGUAAGUGGGCACUUCAAAAAUAAAUAAAACAAAUGCUUUUAGGAAAUGCUUCCUCAAGUGCCUUUCGGCUGCAGAGAUGGGUUGGCGGGUGGUUGCUGCGCCCUCCCUGGACUCGUACCCUCCCAGCCUCGCUGCCUGUUUCCCAGCUCGCGCUAACGAGUUUGAUUCUGCUCCUGAAGAUUAUAGAGACAAACGAGUCCGAAGCAUCCCUCGGAUACGGGAUGCUGGAAGAAGCAGCCACGCACCAAGCAAGUCUCAUUAGUUUUACUUCCCACGUUGCCCACGGAUGUUCCAGGACUGAACAAGUGUUUUUAUGAGUAACUUGUCAUUUCUUUGCUACAAAUCCCCUUGCAAGCGACGGCUGGCCCAGCGGUCAGCGGUGACUGUGACAAAGGGAGGUCUGAGCACAGGUUCAAACAUCAAACCCUUUAAAGCAUUUUCGCCACACAUCUGUGGGCAGAUAACUUGGGUUUGCUAUCAAGCAGGAAGAUAAAUAUGUACAUCUUUCCACAAAUGGCUUUAUAUAAGAACAUAUGAACAUACUUUGACUACAACUCUGGUUACAAAGGAGUAGAAAAAUACACAAUGAAUUUCGGAAGCGCGUUAGGUUGCCACGUCAGCAGACACAGGAGAUGGACAGAGAGAGAUGCCUUUUCAAGCCAAAUGUUCAAAAGCAAUAAUAUGUUACUCUCAUGGAGCCAGUUCUUUGUAAUAAGGUGUUUGCUUGUGGACAAACCUUCUCAUGCGGCAGAGAAAUCGUGUCCCUUUCCUGCAGCCAGCGGCGUCAACGGCUGCCCGGCAAAACAGGCCCAGCAGGGAUCCCACAGCCUGCCUCAGAGACGUCUCCAUCGCUCCAGAUCCGAGCUGAGCAGGUCCGAGCCCCCCUCGGAGGUGGGAGGAACUGGGGAGAGGAAAAGCCGGGCACCGGCACCGUACCCAGAGCUGCUGAGCGUCGCCAGGUCAAACCGCCACCCCCAGAAACAGCCGCAUUUUCACCUGGGUGAGAAAUACCUUGCAGGUGAGGUUUGCAAAAAGCUGGGGAAAGAAAGGAGAGGCGGUUAUUAAACUGGCUGCUGGGACGGGGCGGGAGGAGGAGGGCUCCGGGUGAGCCGAAAUCAGAAGCUGCAAUCGCUCUGUUUCUCCCCUCAUGAAUCAAGGAGACCCUCCAGACCUGGAUGUGGGGAGGAAUUUGUACCGACCGGCACUUGUUUUAACCAGAAAAACACAGAGAUGUUCUCAGAAGGGGGUCUAUCCCCCUGCCGUGUUCCUGCUAGAUUGCGUUUUCUUGGGCUGAGCAGCAGAGUAGGCCAGAAAAGGACCUUUUAUGGAAGAUGUGGAUGGGUCCCACACUGUUUUGGAAGACUCCGCGUGGCAGGGGACGUAAAGCAGGGUCCCUCCCUCUGGUUUGAGACUGAGGGAGAAGAGAGUGGGGGCCAAUUCGCUUUUAUGGAAGGAGGUAGAAAUCAAACAGCUUCGUGUUUAUCCUAUGCCAAGUAUUGGUUUUAUUCUAAGCCAAUUAAAAAUAUGUCUAGAGGGGGCUUUUAAGGCUGGAGAUGUGUGUGGGACACAAACCGAAAGUCUCUGUGGGUUGCUGGCUUGCAAAGCCUGGGAGGAAGUUGCACAAAGUAAUAAAUCAUAAAAAGCC